GUCCUGCUGCGCCCGGGGUGCUGCCUAUCCUGUCUGAGACCAUUCUCGGCGAUCGUGCUGCCCUGGUGGGUCCUUGCCUACAGCUGUCAGUCCUGGAAUGAGUGGGAAGUGUCUUGAGCACCUCUGACCCCCAUUUACUUCGUCAUGGGGUCAGAGGUCUGAACUGCGCGCCCUCGAUUCUGCGAAGCGGGGGCAGAGCACUUCACAGUGCGUCAGUUCCAGUCAGAAGCAUGAGCUGAUGUUUCCAUCUCCGCAUACUCAGCCGUUUGCCCCCGCGGAGGAUGCGGGGGAGGCACCGCCUGGCGCUCCCGCCUGCCCUGCCCUGUUCCCUUCCGCUCUGCAAGAGACUGACAAGCUUUUUGCCUCGCUAGCGGCAAUACCGAAGCAGGGCAUUGCCGAUGAUGCCGGCGAGGGGCUGGUUUACCUCCCUGAGCUGCCGCUCUGAACGGGAGCUCACGGCAGGCCAGCCCCGGAUCGCAUCAGGCGCGGCCCGGUGACGGGCGGCUCCCAGCCUGAGUGCGGGACAGGUGCUGGCCCCUGCCUCGCUCCUGGCUGCCCAGCAGUGCUCCCAGGACUGGCGUUUCCCAUCCCUUAGUGCCUGUUGCUCCCAGAACUGAGGGGCUGUAGCGGAGCAGCCGGAGGUCGGGGAGAGGCCCCGCACAAGGCGCGGGCGGAGCUCCGCUCGCAGCCCCCGCAGCGGGCUGGCCUCGCCGCCUCGCCUCGCUCCGGUCUGGCCGGGCCAGGCUCCGUUGUCAUGGCACAUGGGCCAUGGGCUGAGGGUGCCCCUGGGCUCGGGGCACCCUCAGCAGCUCCCUCCGUGGCAUUUCCCCAGGGAGCAAGAUGCCUAAGGGCCCUGCUCUCUUGCCCGCAGCAGCCGUAUUCCCGCCAGUCGAGCCCUGCCUUUCGGAAACGAGCGCGGGGGAGGAUGGGGCUGCCCUGCGUCCCGCCCUCCCUUUCAUACCACUACCAGGGCGGAACUCAUCCCCCUCUCCUCUUUCGGCGCGAAACGGAACAGAGUUCACCUAAAGGGGAUCCACGGUUCGGGCCGAGCCGAGCCGCAGAUGCCCCCGCGGGGCUGAGGCGGUGGUCCCGAGCUAACAGCUCCCCACACCUUCGCCAAGUUAGGCGGGAUGCGAUAGUCGGUGCCGGGCUACGGUAGGCGCCGGAAUGCAGCGGGAGGCUCCUGCUGCCGCCUCACCCAUGCGGAUCUCGAGUCCGGCUGCUGGAGGUACUUGGAACAAUUGAGCAGCGCUGGGGAAGGCAGCUAGACUUGCCCAGGGCUUUUCACCAGCUGAGCUUCACUGAGGAGAAGACAAGAUGUUGAGGGAAAAAAUGACCGUUUUUGGCAAGAAGCUGAUCCGCCGGCGCAUGGUGGACCUGAGCUCCGAUGACACCCAUUUUGCUCGCUGCCUCUCCACACUGGACCUCGUAUCCCUGGGGGUGGGCAGCACACUAGGGGCUGGUGUGUAUGUGCUGGCCGGGGAGGUGGCCAAGGAGAUGGCUGGUCCCUCCAUCGUCCUCUCCUUCCUGGUGGCUGCUUUCUCAUCGGUACUGGCUGGACUCUGCUAUGCAGAGUUUGGGGCCCGUGUCCCCAAGGCCGGCUCUGCGUAUCUCUACAGCUACGUUACUGUUGGCGAGAUCUGGGCUUUUAUAGCCGGGUGGAACCUCAUUCUCUCCUAUGUGAUAGGUACGGCCAGUGUGGCUCGAGCCUGGAGUGCAACAUUUGACAACAUCAUCGGCAACCACAUCUCCACCUUCUUUGUCACCAACAUCCCAAUGCACAUGCCAGGAGUGCUGGCUAAGCAUCCGGACUUCUUUGCUUUGAUCCUGAUUUUGCUGCUUACUGUACUGCUGUCUUUUGGUGUCAGCGAAUCUGCCCUCGUGAACAAAAUCUUCACGGCAGUGAACCUGUUGGUGCUGGGCUUUGUCAUCAUUGCUGGCUUCAUCAAGGGAGACAUCAAGAACUGGCAGCUUUCAGAGGAGAGCCAUGGCAAUUUGUCACUGCCAGACACACCGGAUGACAAGAAAAAUGCUUUUGGCUCUGGUGGGUUUUUCCCCUUUGGACUGGAAGGGAUGCUGACCGGCGCUGCCACCUGUUUCUAUGCCUUCGUGGGCUUUGACUGCAUUGCCACCACAGGGGAGGAAGCCAGGAACCCACAGCGCUCGAUUCCCAUUGGCAUCAUUGUGUCCCUCCUCAUCUGCUUUGUGGCUUAUUUCGGGGUCUCUGCGUCCCUGACUCUCAUGGUGCCCUACUUCCUCCUGAACAAGAGCAGCCCUCUGCCUGAGGCUUUCAAGGCGGUUGGUUGGGAGCCCGCCCGCUACGCUGUCGCCGUUGGCUCGCUCUGUGCCCUCUCCACCAGCUUGCUGGGCUCCAUGUUUCCCAUGCCCCGAGUGAUCCAUGCCAUGGCAGAGGAUGGGCUGCUCUUCAAGUUCCUCUCCCGGAUCCACAGUGGCAGAAAGACCCCUCUGAUCGCCACCUUUGUCUCGGGGUUCUUCGCAGCGGUGUUUGCCCUCUUUCUGGACCUGAAGGACCUGGUGGACCUCAUGUCGAUCGGCACGCUGCUGGCCUACUCCCUGGUGGCGGUGUGCGUGCUCAUCCUCCGGUACCAGCCCAGACAACCGAACUCCCCAAAGGCCGUGGAAAUGCUGGAGCUGAAUGGGAAUGAGGAGGAGAGAGUGAUCAUGAACCCAGCCAUCACUGCUGCCAGUGCCCAGCACAAAGAGACCGUGUCCCUGGCGACACUCUUCAACCCACCUGGGGACACCCCAACUGUGCUCUCGGGGCGCAUUGUCUAUGUCUGUGUCGCAGUCAUUGCUGCACUGAUCACAGUCAUCUGCGUGGUCCUGACCCUCAAUAUGGAUGCGCUGAAGGAUGCCAAUGUGGGCUCUGUUGUGCUUCUGGUGCUGCUCCUCAUGGCUCUGCUCAUUUUCACCAUCAUCAUUUGGAGGCAGCCGCAGAACAAUGCACGAUUAAACUUCAAAGUACCUUUGCUGCCACUGGUGCCAAUCCUCAGCACCUUCAUUAACAUCCUGCUGAUGGUCCAGCUGAAGAAGGACACCUGGGCGCGGUUUGCCGUCUGCAUGGUUGUGGGUUUCGUGAUUUACUUCGCCUAUGGGAUUUGGAACAGCGUGGAAGGGAAAAAUGCAGAAACAGCUUGUGCCACAGCAGAAAAACCUCUGCACCAUCCUGAACAGGACCUCAGCCCUGGGGCUGCUGCGGUCUGAGGGCCUGGAGACCAGUGCUUCAUGGACCUCUUCGCCUCUUUGGGACAAGAUCGUGAUCCAGAGAGUACAUCCAUCCCCUCUCCUGCAGAGACUGAGUCCCAGAGUGAAGUACUAAGGUCUGAACAAAAGGUCCUGAGUCAAAGCUGACCUAGGAUGAAUGUCCCAACUGAAUGUUUGAUGUUUCCACUCAUUAACAAAGUAUCGUUAUAUGUGCUUACUUAUUGGCAAAACAUGUUCACCUUUCUGUAUCUAGAAACAGCAUAAGGCUACAUCUGGCCUAAUUAGGGAGUACAGGAUCAAAGAUCCUCCCCUAGAUCCUCCUUGAGCCCUGGCCAGGCUUGGGGAGAAAGCUGACAGGAAAAUGGAAUUAGAAAUGAGGUCAGCUGGUUUGUUUAGCAGUGUAAAACCUGGGCCACUGUCCCAGCAAAGCGGGGGAGCCCCGUGGCCCCCAGAGGAGGAGGCCCUGCAGGAGCUCCCAGCUCCUGGCGUGGUUCUCCAGCCCUGGGCUGUGACAGCUGCCCCCAGAACUGAUGGCUCUUGGGCCUGGGUGAUGUGUGAUGGAUCUUCCAUAGUCACUGUAGGCAUUCUUUCCUAGCAAUGAUUAGCAUUGCUCAGCUUGUCCCUUUGCAACUCUUUGCUCUUGGUUAGGUGCCUUGCUUAGCUUCCCCUUUUGUGAUUCUUUGCAGUUUUCCAUCAUAGUAAAUGCCACUGUUCCUUAAGUUGGUGUCUGUGUCUCUGACCCUACUCACCAGGAAAACAAAAUCAGUGUAGUCAGCAGGGUCAGAACAAACUGUUGCUUUUAAAAUCUAAAUUAAAGUAACCAGUCCUGUAUGAAAUUCCCAGAUGGGAAGUACUUCCAUGUAGUUCACUGGUCCUCAGGUGGGCUAAGGUUGGAGGACCAUGUGAGAAAUGGAGAAGUCAGUUAAAAGAAGCUGAACUGCUGGAUGUAUUGAAGUGCAUCCAAAAAUCCCAUACUGAAAAAAGAAAAGAACUUGUGGAUUUGGAAAGGCAAGGAUGGAUUUUAUUAACAGUAUAUCAAACAAACAAAACACCAACAAAAGGAACAGUUGUUGAAAUGCUCUAGCAUGAACCAACAGAUGUGAGUUGCAGAAUCAAAUUGUAAUGCUAAAAUGCCAAAUUAAGCUGCUUGCUGAUAAGAUGGAUUUACCAGACUUGCUCAGAAGGCUGCAGUUAGAGUAGCUCAGUAUAAGGAAAGGAGGGGGCAAGUGAAGCACAAGAAAAUGCAUGUAGUGAUUGCAGAGGCAGGUGUGCAGUGGGAUCCUGAUGAAUGGAACAGAGAUAUUUGGGCUGCUGUGGAUUCUGAUGAGGUUGGUUCCUGAGAUGAAUUUGUACAUGUGAGACCAGCAUGGAGACAAAUGGUAGAAUUAGAUGCUAAUGAUCAGGAGGGAUACUCAUAGAGGAUUAUACUCAGCAGGAAGUAAAUUAAAUAUUUGAGCAGUUUAGUAAAAAAAGGGGAACCUCUUUUCUCUUGGAUGGUGUGCUUGCAUGACCAGGGAGCAUCAGGGAUAACCCUAGACUCAGGGGACUCUAAGAACUUUUUAGAUUGACUUUGGAUUUUUUGUGCAGGAUGCAUUUUGGAAUAACGUUCACAAUACUAAUUUGUUAGCUUUGGCUGCUUUGGAUGGAAUACUAAACAUCCUACAGCAAAUUAUUGGCCAGGAUCUGAAAAAGUCAGUGGUACACUUUGUGAGAUUGUGUACAAUGAGAUGCAAGAGAACCUCUUGUGAUUUUGUAUUUGUAGAUAACGUUACUGACUGAAGAUACAAGUAGUCACUCCAGUAUUUGUACCUGUAACUUUAUUGCAAUGAUAUGCUUUUAGUUAUUUAUUUUUUUAUAUUUUUUAAAUGAAAAUAUUUAGUUUUUUACUUCCUGUUAUAUCCUGUCAAUUUUUUGGAACCUAACUGUAGUCUGAUUCAAGACUUGCAGCCUACUCCCAUUGGUAUGAGGUGGUAAAGGUUCUGUUCCAACACACAGACCUGAGGCUUGCUGAAAUAAACCCAGGACAAUGGAUAAAAGGCUUUGAUGGCUGUCCAUCAUGGUAUGGCAGAAAUCCAUCAUGUGAUGGAGACAUGGAUAGUGGGACAUUAUUUUCAGAUGGAUGCCUACAGCUACCUGAAUUUUCAACUGAGUGCUUCACCCUGGUGUUGUUUUAUUGAUUCUAAUCCUUUUGCUUUUUGUUGUGAUAAUUGCAUUGUAUGUUAAGGUUUGGAUGAUCAUGAAACAAUUAUCUUACCAACUACCUCCACUGAUACUCGACAAUCCAUGUGGUACCAAAGCAUGAAAUGCUCUCGAGCUCUAUUUGGAUAUUGUGAAGCUUGAGUGAUUAUAGUCACAGAGUGUACUGUGCAGGACAAUGACUGGGAACUCUGUGGACACGUAACUGGGGGUACAAUUAGAGGAAACUGAGGACUUAGAACAGUUUGGAAAUUAUGGGUUAUAUAUAUUCCUUAAUUUGGUGUCUGUGUCUCUGACCCUACCUACUGGCAAAACAGAUUCAGGACUGCAGAGCUUGGUCAUGUGCUGCCUCUUCCCUCACAGGGAAGUCACCUGGCUGGAUGGGAGUGCUGGUGGCCCAGGGCUGGUCUCUGCCCUCCUCCAGUCCCACAGAGGGGCAGUGGCACCAGCACAGCCCCCUGGCCAUGAACAUUGCUUUCUCUGUGCACAGGAGGCCCCACGUGAUGGUGCAGCUGUACUCAUUCCAUCUGCCACGUGGCUGUGUCACCAGCUCCUCCCUGCCUUCCAGGUGCCAGACCUGAACCUGGCAGCCCUGGCUGGAGCUCUGCAGGAAGGCUUACUGCAACUUGUUCUGGUACUCACAGUACUCUGGUACUCACUGCUAGCAAACUGCCCUCACCAUGCUGUUCCAUGUCAAUAUCUUGCUCAAGUGUCAGUGAGAUGUCCUCAGUGUAGUUGUUCUUGUGUCCAACCUCAUCUGCCUUUUAGAAUUUUAGGGUGAAUUUUUAAAUCUAUUAAAUUAAAUGU